AUAAUAACAAAUCAGUAAAAAAUAUGAGAAAACAUAUGAAAAAAAGGCACAGUAAAUAGGAUAAUCUAUGUAUCUAUUGCAUAAAACUAAAACAUUAAAAUCACAACUCAAAAAGAACGCCGCUGAAGAUCUGCUCUCGUGUUCCUGUUUGUGUCUUUUUCCAGGUUUUGGAGGCAUUAUGGAUCUUUGUCCCGCCACCUGAUGGCACUCAAGCUCCAGCACUACACCAAGUUUCUGUUUGUGCGUGACCCUUUUGUUCGUCUUAUCUCAGCUUUCAGGAACAAGUUUGGAAAGCCUAACGAGGACUUCUACAAGCAGUUUGGUUCGGUCAUGCUGCGUCGUUAUGCUAAUCUAUCGGGCAGUUUGCCAGAGACAGCGGCGGAGGCGUUUGCAGCAGGAAUCAAACCGACGUUUCAGCAGUUUAUCACAUACCUGCUGGAUCCAGAGACAGAGAGGGAGAGUAUCUUCAACGAACACUGGCGGCAGGUGUACCGUCUGUGCCAUCCAUGCCAAGUGAAGUAUGACUUCAUUGGACGACUAGAAUCCUUAGAAACGGACGCGGAGCACCUGCUGAAGCUUCUGGAGGUGGAUCAUCUACUACACUUCCCUUCAGGGGCUCGAAACCGAACUGCAGCCAGCUGGGAAAGAGACUGGUUUGCACAGAUUCCCAUCGCAAUGAGGAGAGAACUGUACAAGCUGUAUGAACCUGACUUUGAGCUGUUUGGCUAUCCGAAACCUGACAGCACACUCCACCAGUAGACAGCACCGAGAAUCAACCACCUGCGCACAGCCAGCAAAUGCCUUUAAAAAUCAGUCUCUGAUGCUGUUCUUUAGUUUUUUUCAUACCUCAAAUGACAGAAGUGCCUGCCAGUAUUAUUUUAUUUUUGUCAUCUUUUCAUAUCUGAAGCACACCUGUUUACAAGCUGCGUUAUCACAGUCUGGUUUCUCCAUGUAAAGGCACUUUGAAUAGUAUUUUGUGAAUAGAAUGUUGGUAAGUCAUUGGAAAAGACUGGUGUCAACUAUUGGCUUUCAUCUCUCUGAAGGGAAAUAAAGUUUUUUGUAACCGUU